UGCGACAGAGAAGAAUUGCAAUUACGUCACUAUGUUACCGGCAGCUCGGACAAUGUACACAAACGCCGAAAACCUGCAGCAAACGAUCCGAUUGCAACAGCAGCUUUUUCAACAGCAAUUACUUCAGAAACAGCAACAACAGUCGGCAGGCAAACGCAAUCUUCAACUUAUGUCCACCAUUGAUGAAGAUGCCAUUCAGACUGGCUCUUUUGGCAAACUGAUGUUCUCUCGAAACGGCCAGGAGCGUUUCAAUAGAAAAGCAAACGACGCUUUAGUUUCGGAGCAGUUGCCAGAUCACGAGCGCAAACUUCUGGAGACCAAUACCGAAUGGAGGAUGAAGAAACGGGCGGACGGUAGUCGAUACAUAACACGUCGGCCAACCCGAGAAAGGUUAUUGCGUGACCGAGCCCAUCAAAUUUCUGAAGAACGAGCUGGCACAACAACCGAUGAUGACACACUUUCUGAGCUAAAGCUGGGACGCUAUUGGAGCAAAGAAGAACGUAGGCAACACGUAGAAAAGACUAGGGAGCGGCGUCAGAGACAAGAGGAGCUUAUCCGCUCCAAAAUACAUUCGACUUGCACACUCGUUGACCACUCCAGUGAAAGCCAACGAUGCCCUAACGAACAGAUGUUGCAACUCGGCCAAGCGCGUUCGGGCUAUAAAUCCAACAUAAUGAAUAAAAUGAACAGAUCAAAACUAAUACCAGAAACUGCAAAGAAUAUACCACCUGGCCUACUUACUGUUACAAUGGUCUAAUAAUCAAACGAAAAGUCUAAAUUUGGUCUGCAAGUCUAAGCCAAGCAUCGACUUUAUGUCGUUCAUCUUUGCUGUAUAUUUUGUACAGCGCCCUAAUUCAACAAAAUGAGGAAUACAAACAUGUUCCGCCAAGGCUAGGAAAGUCAAUCCGCUAAUUUGUAAUUGUGAAUUUGUAUUUGUUUACUUACCCUUACCUUCGCGCCAAUCCCAUGUGAAAUAUACAGAAUUUUUUUUCAGUAAA